ACGCGACAGCGCGUACUGUCACGCCCGUGCGAGGCCGACCCUCAGGCUCUCUUCCGGCAGGCGGGAGGCGACCCCGGGGCACGGGGUCCCGCGCGGGCGCUCCGCCCAGCACAGCGCGAAGCCCCGGUUCGCGGCCGCCGGACGCCCAUUUCCGGGCGGCGGGGAAGAAGGGGCGUCACCGUCUCAGCCCGCGCCCCGCCCGCGGCCCCCAAUCCCCCGGACCCGCCGGCGGCGGGAGCCCGCGACCGGAAGAGGGAGCGCGCGCGAUGGAGCUGCGGCGCCUCUGGCUGCUCUGCUGCUGCUGCGGCUGCUGCCCCGGCGCCGCCCCGGCCCCGCCGAGCGGCCGCAACCCGCCCGCCGCCUUCCGGGAAAGUCUUAAUAGACAUCGACAGUUGAAUUCUUUAUUUCCUGGUGAAAACUCCACUGCCGUCUAUGGAAUAAAUCAGUUUUCUUAUUUGUUCCCUGAAGAGUUUAAAGCUAUUUAUUUACGAAGCAGACCUUCCAGUUUUCCCCGGUUUCUGGCAGGCGCGCACACAUCCAUCUCCAACCUGUCUUUGCCGUUAAGAUUUGACUGGAGGGACAAGCACGUCGUCACCCCAGUGAGGAACCAGCAGACAUGUGGCGGAUGCUGGGCCUUCACCGUGGUGGGAGCAGUGGAGUCCGCGUGCGCCAUAAAAGGGCAGCCUUUGGAGGCGCUGAGUGUCCAGCAGGUCCUAGACUGUUCCUACAGCAACUACGGCUGCAACGGAGGGUCCCCGCUCAACGCUUUGAACUGGCUCAGUAAGAUGCAAGUGAAGCUGGUGAGAGAUUCAGAAUACCCGUUUAAAGCCCAGAAUGGUCUGUGCCGUUACUUUUCUGACUCACAUUCUGGAUUUUCAAUCAAAGGUUAUUCUGCCUAUGACUUCCGUGACCACGAAGACGAAAUGGCAAAAGCACUGUUUACCUUGGGCCCUCUGAUAGUGGUAGUAGAUGCCGUGAGCUGGCAAGAUUAUCUGGGAGGCAUUAUACAGCAUCAUUGCUCUAGUGGAGAAGCAAAUCAUGCCGUUCUGGUAACCGGCUUUGAUAAAACAGGAAGUACCCCAUACUGGAUCGUGAGGAACUCCUGGGGAACUUCCUGGGGCAUAGACGGCUGUGUCCAUGUAAAAAUGGGAGGAAACAUUUGUGGUAUUGCAGAAUCCGUUUCUGCUGUAUUCGUGUGAUAUGUUCGCCAGAUCAAGAGACAGAUACAAAACUGAAGGCUCAUGAUGAGAUACUUCAUCUUGGCGUUUUCACCUUUAGGCUUUAGCCACUACCCACAAAAGACAGGUUCUAGGGCCUGGUCCUGUUGAAACUAUUGAUAAGUUGUAGAAUGUUCUCUUCUUAGAGAGAGAUGGACAAAGUCAGAAGGAAGAAAACCAGCACCGUGGCCUGGGAGGAAGUCUGUGGAACAGUUUCCUACUGGGAGGAAGGUCAGGUUAGGAGGUAUUUGAGGUCUCUUCCCUCUGAAAAGGCUAUUAUCUGGUUUGUUUGAUUAUUGUUUCUGUUUGCCAUCUGUUUAUUUUUAAUGAUGUCUUUCCAAUAGGAUUAAAGAGGUGGUAAGAAUUCCUUUUCCUUUAUGGGAUAAAAUCCCCAGCCCAAGCUGCCCUGCAUACAAGAAUAGCCAACCUAGAACUAGGUGUGCCCCCCCCAGUUGUACUCCCAGCCCUCCAGGGUGGAAUUUCGUAAGAAUUUUGAAAGGCCGGUUGCUCUCCCCAGCACGUGGUGCUCGCUUGUGACCUGCGCAGAUCACACAGGAAGCAGCAUCAUGCAGAAAGCAGCAUCAUGCAGAAAGCAGCAUCAUGCAGAAAGCAGCAGAAAGACUAAGGUACCUUUUAAGGCAGACAGUUAGCCUGAUGGAAACUAAAUGACCCAUAUGGCAACCAAGUGAUAGGAAAAUCUCAAGUAGCCUUGCCUGGAAGACAAAUUAUUGGGGGGUUUCACGGUCCGUAGGGUUCCAGUACAUUUUAUCUCCUCCUUUGUUCUUGCCGGAUUGAGGCGCAGUGUGUCACAUUUUCUCACUCUUUCUCUUACUCUUGGCUGUGAAACUUCUAAAUCCUCUUGGUGGCGCGGCUUCCCUGGCGAAAGAAGUCUCGUUGUUUACUUUCCAUGUCAAUUUGAGGGCCAUUUAUUUGGCUCCAAUUGUCUCUAAGCCUUUAUCAGCAUCAGGACCUCACCUGUCUGUCCGCCCAUCAUUUGGACGCACCACCUCUUUCAAAGUUCAACCUCAUUAAUCUGGGGUAUCAGCCAAAAUGUGUUUCCCAGCCUCUGUUGUCCCAGUUUUCUGCUUAUUUUUCCCAGACUCCCAUCCUAACUACUUUUUGUGCAUCCCUUUGGCUUUCCAUCUGGUCCCUGGUCCUCGAGGUCCGUCUCCUCUUUUGCAGUCAUUAUGCUUGGCCGUGUAAGAAUCUCAGAGCAUGAAAGCUGCUCUUCUGAUUGAAUAUAAGUACAAUCGUAUUGUGUGAGUUAAAUAACAAAAUUGUAUCAAGUACUACGUAUGUAAGUAUCUCCUCUCUCAAAUUCACGGUUGCUGUCUAGUGUAGACUAUCUUAAAAGCAAUAUUGUAGAGGUGGUAAUAACCACUGAAAAAAAUUGAGACAUCCCAUUUUUCCUCUCACGGUUGGCCUUUAUUUAUCACUCUCCUUAUUAGAAGAAAAUCAAAAACAAGACGCUAUUUCUUUUCCUUACACCAACCAGAAGCAAUUUCAAAAGAGUGUUUGUUGACUCAGGUUUAGAAAUGACAAACUGAUAUUCUAUUUGAUUAAUAUUCUAAAUAUCUAACUAUGCCAAAAAGGAAUUGUGUCUUGAUUGUUCUAGUUUGUGUUAAUGUACUAAUUCCUGUAAAAUAUGAAUGCUUUUCUGAUACUCUUUUACAAAGAUAAAUAUUCUUUUGCAUUACAAAAUGAUGAAUACCUC